AUGCAGGAAAUCCUAGAGAGGACGAGAGCGGAAGACCCGGUCAGAGGGAACUGGUACGUGCCCAAGACGGAAUGCGGGACCAUCUGGUGUGAUGCUAGCAGUAUAGCGAUAGAGGUUGUGUUGGCAAUCGAAGGCGCUGCGGUGGAGGACGCGGCCUGGCUUCGGAAAGCAGAUGACUUCAACCACAUCAAUGUCACCGAAUUAGACGCGGUGCUGAAAGGAGUGAACUUGGCCCUGAAAUGGAGGCUGCGCACAAUUGAAAUCCGGACGGAUUCAGCCACUGUGCUUGGCUGGGUAGGAUCGGUGAUCACUGGUGAAAGGAGAGUGCGGACGAAAGGUGUCACAGAGAUGUUAGUGAAGUGCCGUCUAGGAGUUCUAGGUGAAUUGAUCGCCGAGUUCGGACUGAAGCUGAAUGUCGUUUUAGUGCCUUCGGAGAAAAACAGGGCGGACGCACUGACCAGGGUGAAAAGAGCGUGGUUGGAAGAACCGGAGGAGGCCCGGAAAGGGAUAGCUGCAGCGUGUCAGUUGGAUGACUCUGAACUGAAGAGACUGCAUGCUAUGCAUCACCUGGGUGUGGACAGGACCCUGUAUCUGGCGAAGAAAAGUGAUGCUGACGUCACUAGGGGAAGCAUCCGGAAAGUGGUCGGGAGCUGCGACAGGUGUCAGUCCAUCAACCCUGCUCCGUGUGGGCAUGAACAGGGAAGCCUUUCGGUGGAGCACAACUGGAAAAGGCUAGCUGUGGAUGUGACACACUACCGUCAGGGAAUGUAUCUCUCCAUGGUCGACUGCGGGCCGGGCCGGCUGGCCAUUUGA